AUGGAUUUCACAAUAAAUUGCGCUGUCAAUGUGACAAUGCUUUUAAUUGAUGAAAUGAGUGACAUGAGUAGCGAAUUAUCAAGUUGCAGUUCUGAUGAUUAUGAAAUGAGUGACGAAGAAUAUGAUAGUUCAAGCACAGGCUAUGAAUUAGAAAUUUUAUAUUGUUUAAUGGUGGGCGAAACACGUGGUGAAACAGUUUAUAAAGAAAAAAUAACAGAUUUUGUUGAGAGAGUUAUUUCUGGAUACACGAGACGCGUAUUCAAAGAACAUUUUCGAAUGUUUCCGGAAACAUUUGAAGUAGUGUUACAAUUAAGGGGGCCAGGAUUAAGAGCCAUAGAUGCAUUGCCUGGAAGAAAACCAAUUUCUGCUCAAAAACAACUCCUCAUUGCAAUUUGGUUCAUGUCCACUCCUAAUAUUAUAUUAUUGUCUUCAGGUCUGUAUCGACGAAAUUCGGAGUUGGAAAAGCAACUGCAUUUAGGGCAUUAAGACGAGUAACAUAUGCUCUACAUUGCA